CUUCCUCUCCCUUCCCCCCAGCCGCGGCUCAUCCUCGAGGGCGGAGAGAGGUGGCAUUUGAGUCCUCCGGUAUCCCAGCAGGCAGUGCAGCCUAGAGACACUGACAAAGGAGCGGAGGAGCAGUCGCAGCUGCUUUCCGAGGAGCCGGUGUUUCCGAGAUUGCCAAAAUGCUUUGGAGUUUUUAACUGAAUCUAAGAAAAGUCCAAAAUAGAUUUGAGACUGUAAAGACAGAAGCCGCAGCAAGGGGGAUUCAGUGUCAAUGCAUCAACAAAAAAGACAACCAGAGUUAGUGGAAGGAAAUCUUCCUGUUUUUGUGUUUCCCACGGAGCUAAUAUUUUAUGCAGAUGAUCAGUCAACGCAUAAGCAAGUGUUGACUCUGUAUAAUCCCUAUGAGUUUGCCUUAAAGUUCAAAGUCUUGUGCACUACUCCAAAUAAGUAUGUUGUCGUUGAUGCUGCAGGCGCAGUGAAGCCUCAGUGCUGUGUGGACAUUGUGGUUCGUCAUAGAGAUGUUCGAUCCUGUCACUAUGGUGUAAUAGACAAAUUCCGUCUCCAAGUCUCCGAGCAAAGCCAGAGGAAAGCUUUGGGAAGGAAAGAGGUGGUUGCUACUCUUCUUCCAUCUGCAAAAGAACAACAAAAGGAAGAAGAGGAUAAAAGAAUAAAGGAACAUUUAACUGAAGGUUUAUUUUUUGAGCAGUCGUUUCAACCAGAAAACAGCACUGUCUCCUCAGGACCUAGUUUACUAACUAUCUUCCUGGGAGUGGUGUGCAUUGCAGCCCUGAUGCUGCCUACGCUGGGGGAUAUGGAAUCGCUGGUGCCUCUCUACCUCCACUUAAGUGUGAAUCAAAAAUUAGUGGCUGCUUAUAUCUUAGGUCUUAUUACAAUGGCUAUACUUAGAACAUGAGCAAGGAUUUCACUUGGCUUCUGAAGUAAAUUUAUCUUGAAAAUAUGAAUGUGGACUGCCUUUUAUCUCUUUCACUCCAUUAACAUGCUACGAGCUAUUAAAUGAUUUCAAAUGAUUGCAAAUGUAUAAUAUAUUUUAAAUUACUCUAUAAUUUUAUUUGAAGGACUCCAGCACAUUAUGUUACAGAUAGCAAGGAUGCUUCUGAGUGACACCUAGGAAAUUAUUUGAAGAAAUCCCUUUUAUAUUUAUGCCAGUUGUAUGAAAGACUUUAAUUAAAACACUUGUUAUUUUCUCAUCUUUUUUUCUAAUUUACUUUGAUUGUUAAGGGUCGUGUGUCCUUCAAAGUUAAAGACCUAAAACAGCAAACUGACCAGCCUAAAAAUAAAAUUACAUUUAUUUCCUACCUAAGAACAUCACUGUUACUACAUAAAUUAUACCUUGCCCUCUAUCGUUAUAAACAGUUGCCAUGGUGUUUCUAAAAUAAGAGUUUUAUAGUUAAUGUGUGGAGGAUUAAAAAAAAAGGUACUAAGGGAUCAUGCUUACCCAGGGUUCCACAGAAAACAGGACAUGUUUAAUUCAUCUCGUGAACUACAGAAUGGGUUGUGGUCCAGACACCAAGUAUAUGGGUUUUUUAAAAAACCUCAGAGAAGUAGAGUGACAUCUCUGUUUGGUCUAAGAGUUCUAAAGGAAGAUAGGCAUUUAGUUAGUUGGUUCACCCUGGCUUUACCUCUGGUUAAUGCUUUAUGUUAAUAGGGGAAAAAUCCCUUUAUCUUCUGUCCCAAGCUCCUUGCCUGCCUGCCUGUGACUUGCCCAGACUGGGAUUACCAGAUACCAGGUGAUUUACAUAGAGAUGAUUUUUCACCUUUAAACAGUAAGCCAAGUAUAGAAAACCCUUGAUAGCUGUGUCUAUUUUAUAUCAGUCACUGAGACAUUUUUUUUAAGUUUUUAUUUAUUAUUAAAACAACUUUGCCAAAAAAGUCCCCUAAGCACAACUUAUUUACAUUUCUUUAUAGCCUCUUCUGAUCUCUAACAUAUAUGCAGUUUUAACUGUUAUCGUCAUAGUAACCGAUCUUUUGUCUUAGGAUUUUUAUCUGAAAGCACAAUGAAUUAUUAAGAGUUUCUUGAAAAUCAUUCAGAUCUUUUUACAGGAUGAAUUUAUGCACUGCUACUGUAGUAUUCUCAAGGAAUAUAUGUAAACUUAAAUGUAUGCCCAAGGUUGGUUUUUGUAGGAAACAGUACUCUGCUUCUAAAAACUUUUAUGUCUAGUCUUUCAUAGAAAAUCCUCAUUGUUUAACCAUUUGGGGAGCAUACAUCAUUAAAUGGAUCAUGUCUGUACAUUGUGUAAUGACUGAAAAGCACAUAAAUGUAAUCUUUAAACUUUGUAAAAAAAAUUGUGUUUGGAGGCUAUCCUUGUUUCUCCAUCUCAAGUCCUCUGUGUGUGCACAUGUGUGCAAGCGCACGUGCACGUGUGUGUGUGUGUGAUAACACAUUGUAAAGAACAGAAAUUACUUUAAAAAAAUAAAAGAAAAUGGAGACCUGAGUUUC